AUGAAGUUGUCACAUUGUGGGUACCGUGCUCCAGAAAUUCUACUGGGAACACAGCGCUAUUCGAUGGGUGUUGAUAUUUGGUCCAUUGGAUGUAUCUUCGCAGAAAUGGCAAGCAAGAAGCCGUUGUUCCAAGGAGACUCAGAGAUUGAUGAGCUGUUCCGUCUUUUUAGGAUUCUUGGCACUCCCACUGAGGCUGAGUGGCCAGGUGUCAGUCAGUUACCGGACUACAAGCCAACAUUCCCCAAAUGGAAAGGCAGCUCUCUAGCGGAAAAGAUGGCAAACUAUAUGGAUCAUGACGCGAUUGACUUGCUGGAGGAAAUGCUGGUAUACGAUCCUGCUCGUCGUAUCUCAUCCAGAAAGGCACUUCACCAUCCCUACUUUGAUGAUGUCGACACAUCCAGCGUUCCAGCAGGAGCAUAUCGUGGCGAACUGCAACUCAAUUAA